UUGUAUUCAACCAGGUCUCCUUGUAUCUGUGGUGAAUCCUGGCUGCCGUAGCGCCUCAUAGCUCGAAAGCUGGCCUCAACCGUCGCCUUGUCGCGAAAGUCCAAUGGUCCUUGCAUCCCGACCCGAACAUCGCACUUACAAUACUCUGCCCUGUCAGACACGGCAAGACCAUGAAAUCUUCUUCACUGUAGCAAAUGGCUUCAGUUUCAUCUCAUAUCACUAUCUAAUCUGAUUGUUCUUUAGCGGAUAUCCUUGUAUAAUAUUCAGUUCUUUUCCCCAAACACGUACCAGCGCCAUGAUGGCGGAGUCGGCACAUGCAUCCUGGCAUCCAGCCUUUAUGCCAAAUUCAACACCACAAACAAUUGCGACAGCAGCGCCCGAGGUCCCGUCGAGUCUGGUCCCAACAUCCGAGCCUCCUUUUGAGUACAAGUCAGAGCCAACGCCCAUCGCAUCGAAUCCAGUGGAGGUCGAAGCUGUAGAAGAGAUACCUGCUGCCGAGGGACAAGUACCGCAAGAUAACAAUGAUCAUCCGGAGCUUGGGGAUCUUCGUAAUGCGCUUGCAACGUCUUUGGCAAGCCCGGGUGGAGUUGAGCUGGAAGAGAGCCCAUGGCACAAUGGCACUGAACAACAAAGUACGGAAGCUAUCGACAAGGCCGAUUUCCCCUCGGAAGGACCCCACCAUGAGAAUAAACAUCUCAGUACGAUGUCUUUUGCUCGGACUGUUUCAGAGGAGGUCAACUGGGGAGAGGACGACGAUGUGGAUCCGCAAUGGAAUACUCAACGAACUGAUACAGACCCAUUCAAGUUCAUGGCCAAGUCAGACCGCACAAACUCGUUUCCCCAAGUUCCGCCUGCACAUUCGGUGGAAUCUGGCCAUGAUCAGACGCUUCCCCAUAGCCAGGCUGAGGAUAUUCUCCACGAGGUUGAGCAGGAGGUAUCAGAAGAUCUAUUUGGGGACGAAGAAAACGAUCCAGAGGCCGGAUUCUUCGCUCAAAAGUCGGGCCAGGAAGAGGGUCACCUGGACUUUUCACAUGGCAUGGAUGAUGAUGAGCUGAGACUACCAGACUAUGGACAGACGUAUGGAGGAGAUGUACGGCCCGAGCAGGACGAAGAGCUAGAAGCCCGAUUUGAAGAAGGUCUUCCCUUGGUCCAAACACACGAGGAUUCUACAUAUCAGCCUGAGCAAUCAAAUUCGAACGAUCUAUUUGCGGACGAGGCAGGCGAGGAGGACUUUUUUACCCAGGUCACCAAAGGAGGCGAGAGCCAGGAAUUGGUACCUGAACCAUACUUGGAGAGAAAAUCCACCAUGCAUGUUAUAGAUUCGCUACAUUACCAGCCACAUGAGCAAAUCCACGACAGUAUACAAGAGGAAAAUGCCAUGGAAAGCUCCCAGAGUUCCCUGGAAAGAUCUACUGGUGGGGGAAUCGCUGCAUCGCCCAGUACAGUUCUGUCGGCUGUCUUCGGCAACCCAGACUCUCCCGUGCAUGAGCAAACAGAUCUACAUGCGAGUGAGGAAGAUCUUGCCGCGAAAUGGAAAGCAGCUUUGGCUGGUGAUGAAUUCCUUGCAGACGACGAUGAUGAACUUCUGCCAGAUGAUGAUGAGCUGCUUCCAGACGAUAAUGAGCCCACGGAAAGUGCAGGUUUUGACCCCGCUACUGUGUUUGGCAGUGAUGAUGAAGGUUUUCUUGAGGACAAUGACCAAAAUGGCGAGAGCCUUUUCGGCCAGCAGACGAGCCCCCCGAUACCCACGCCUGUUACAGGACCGAAUAGUCAUGUCGUGGGAUUUGACAUCCUUGGAGGCGCCCAAACGAAACGGCCGACCAGCAGUAGUAACAAGUAUCUACCGCCCGGUGCGGUUGCAAUGCCACCCGUGGCUCCUAAGAACGCAUAUGCACCUACUGCACCUUUGUUGACUGAUCUCUCGAAAUCGACAUUGACACCCGCUGCAGUUUCCCCCUACAUGUCGUCAUCAAUGGCGAGCUUUCAACCGCAGCCUCCGAGACCAGAGAUGCCAAAAGCACAGAGCUUUGCAGACAAAGCUAAAGGUGGCUACGCCUCGCCUUACGACCUCCCAAUGGAUGUUGUAAAGCCGAGAAAGAGGGUCAGCAUGCAGACUAUGAAUCGAACACACGCUUCAGCGGAAAUGGCGCCUCCCAGGAGCAGUAGUAUGCAAGCUCCUCCACCUCCCCCUAGGGCCGCUUCAGCAGGAAUAUCUCCACCUACAAGUAGUUACUCCCAACCCAGUCAAAUGCAACCAGGCGCUCAGGCGCAACUGCCCAAGACUGUUCGAAAGACGCAAAGUGGAUUUUUCGAGGAGUUGCCAAUGUCCAAGCCAAAACUUGCGGUCAGACAUUCGAGUGGUCUUCCAUCUCCUUUACAAAGCCCUUAUGGACAACCUGGUGUUCUACCCCCUCCUACAGGUCCACCUAGAAGUUCUUAUGGCCCACCUCCCGUCCAACAGCUAGUCCAGCACCAGCCGGUUCAACCACAGCAGCCAGCCCAAGUGCAAGGCUUGGUUGCGCCUGAACGUGUAAGCCCAUAUGCGUCACUACCGAGUGGAAACAUACCCGUACCAGCAGUGGCAUCCAGAUACUCUCCAGCGCCUCCACCUCUGCAGCACAGCCAGACUGCUCCUCCUCCAGUCGCUCAAUCUCGAUACUCGCCUGCACCUUCUAUCCAGAAACCGGCUACAGAAUCAUAUACAGCAGCUCCUGUAAAUGCACAACCACCACAAUCAGCACCGAUUCUUCCCCAUCAACCUCGAACUUCGAGUCCUCUAGCCCAUUUCGAAAGAAGUCACGAACUUCGAUCGCAUGGCUCGUUCUCCGAAUCGGGUAGUUUUGAUCGCCGAACAAGUUCUUCUGGCUAUGAGUCUGGUUUAAGGAAUCAGCAUUUGCCGCCAACUAGAGAAGUUGAGGAGGAAGGUCAGAUUUCUCCAACCUCAACACGGAAUUACGGCGAACUGCAGAGCCAAUAUAACCCAUCGCCACACCUUUCGCUGGCCCACCGGCCAUCACAGACACCGCCUCCUCAGAAUCUUGCAUCUAGACUAGUGAGCUCUCCACCAAAACGAUCUACUACGAAUUACAUGCCUCAGCAAUCUUCCCAUGGUCAACCUCAGCCGUUUGUGCCACCUCAAAGAUCACAAACCCAGUCUCCCGGAACUGCUUUUGCUGGCCCGCGCCUGGAAAUGAGCAGCUCGGUCCCAUAUCAGCGUCCAGCAUCUGUAGAAUUACCCGCAUCACCAAGAGUCAAUAACAGCUAUCAGUCAGUGCCAGCGUCAUCCUCACAAGGACGAACCAGAGGAUUCUCACAAGGGCUCAACUACGUCGCACCAACUGACGGCCGAGAGAUUGAUCCAUUGCAGAGAUGGAGAGGUGCUCCUGUCUUUGCAUGGGGCGUAGGUGGUUCAAUAAUGACUUCAUUUCCACAGGAUAUACCUCGUUAUGGUAUGAACUCCCAGGCUAUGAUUAUUCGAAGUCCUGGCACUGUGAAGAUUCGGAAUAUCAAGGACCUCGAUCCCCUUCAAGAGCGCCUCGCGAGUUUCCCUGGCCCGUUGAAAGGCAAGUCUAAGAAGAAGGAAGUCUCGACAUGGCUUGCAUCUGGAAUUGAGAUAUUGGAGCAGAACGCAAGUUAUCUUCGAACAGUCUCGAGUUUGUCGCAUGAAGACAAACGUGUAGAAGAGCGGAUUCUGCUAUGGAAAAUUCUUCAAGUAUUCAUUGAAAACGAUGGAGUUUUGGAAGGAACAUCUGUGGUUGACAAAGCCGUUCGCGCUGUCCUCUCACCCGGUAUUGAUGAUGAUGAAAGCUCCUCUGCGCCACUUUAUGCGACUGGCGCAGACCUAUCCGGAAUCUCACACUCGUCCAACUCGACAACGAGAGCCGACCCAGUGGAUCCUGCAGCUGUAGAUCAAUUGCGAAAGCAUUUGCUCCGUGGUGAGCGAGAGAAGGCAGUUUGGGAUGCAGUUGAUAAAAGACUCUGGGCCCACGCCAUGCUCAUCUCGAAUACGGUAUCAAAGGAACUGUACAAACAAGUUGCCCAAGAGUUCAUCCAGAAAGAAGUCAAGAUCAUAGGCGACAACGUUGAACCACUUGCAGCUCUUUACGAGAUCUUUGCAGGCAACUUUGAAGAGAGCAUCGAUGAGCUUGUGCCUCCGUCUGCAAGAGCUGGUUUCCAGAUGGUCAGCACAUCAAAUGGUACUGGCCCCUCAAAAGACGCCCUUGAUGGUCUGGACAGAUGGCGGGAGACACUUGGGCUUGUCCUCAGCAACCGCAGCAUCGAUGACAGCAAAGCGCUCAAUGCUCUGGGUAAGCUACUGUCUGGGUAUGGCAGAGCCGAGGCAGCUCAUAUCUGCUUCUUGUUUGCAAGAAGUUUGUCAAUCUUUGGUGGGGUUGAUGACCCUCAAGCAAGCAUAGUGCUUGUUGGUUCAGACCAGUUGAGACAACCGUAUGAUUUUGACAGAGAGCUGGAGCCAGUUCUGCUGAGUGAAGUCUUCGAGUAUGGAAUGUCUCUAUCAAGUACCUCGACAAUUGCGAUUUCCAGCCCACAUCUUGCGAUCUACAAGCUGCAGCACGCGAAAAUUCUGGCAGAAUACGGGUUCAGAGAUAAAGCUCUGCAGUACUGCGAGGCGAUCGCAGCUUCCAUCACGUCCCAGACAAGACGGUCACCAUAUCACCAUGGUUUACUAGUGUCUGAGCUUGAGGACCUGAGCAAACGAUUGAAACAGUCGCCCAAAGAUGAGAACUCGUCAUGGAUCUCAAAGCCCAGCAUUGAUAAGGCAAAAGGUUCCGUAUGGGCAACCUUCAACAAGUUCGUUGCGGGUGACGAGGCCGACGCAGCUUCUGCCGCUUCAGUUGGAGGUGCAGCUGAUAUUGGGCCAUUCUCAAGAAUUGCUGGCGGAACCCCGACGAUUAGCCGAUCGCCAUCCAAUGCUGAUCUUUACGGUUCAUACCCAGGAGGUUCUGGCAUUAAUGGCAGCGCACCUGUUCCAAUUACCAAGGCAAGUUCCAGGUAUGCUCCUGGGGCAUCGUCGUACGGCAAUCAAGAUGGCCAGACUGGAACAUCGUAUGGAUCACAGCCAAGACAGUCGCUUGAUGAGAGAUCCUCCAGCGAGUACAAGCGAUAUGAGCCGCAGAGACAGAUGUCCGAUUAUCGACCAAAUAGUCAGCCCGCACCCGCCAACAGCUACACGCCCCAAACAGGGUCCAGCUUCACUCCUCAAUCAGCAUAUACUCCCUUCGGCAACUCCUCGCCAUAUGAAUCUGCUUCCGGGCAUACUCCACAGACACCAGUUACCGAGCAGCCUCCGGCAAACCUGUACGCAUCACCGCAGGCUGUCAAUUCUUUUGAUGGACAUCGGCCCUCAUACGCACCCUCUGAGCCUUCUUAUCAGCAGCCUACGUCAAGUUUUGAUUCUCCGCUCUCGAAUAGCUACGACCCACCUGCAACAUCCGCGUACGAACCUCCUGCUACAAGUAGCUACGAUCCUUCAGCUACUUCUGGUUACGAACCUCCUGCUUCAAGUAGCUAUCAGGAUCCUUCCAACGACGAGCCUCAGUCCAGCGGGUACCAGCCUUAUUCUGGUGGUUACGAACCCCCAUCCAGCGGAUAUGUCCCAUAUGAGCCGAAUGAUGAGCCAGAUUCACCAGUCGAACCUCGUCCCAAGAAGAAGUCCUUCAUGGAUGACGAUGAUGAUGACAUCCCUGGCCUCAAAGCCGCCCCUGCCUCCACACCUCGUGAAAAGACUAAGGCAGAGAAAGACAAAGAAGCUGAUGAGGCGUUCCGGAAAGCAGCUGAAGCAGAUGCUCAAAAAGCGAAAGAAGCUGCUCCCGCAAAGAAAGGCUGGGGUCUCGGUGGCUGGUUUGGUGGCGCAAAGAAAGAAUCCCAGGACAUGGGUGCCAACCCCAACAAGCCCAUUCGCGCCAAAUUAGGUGAAGCGUCCUCCUUCUACUACGACCCGGAGCUCAAGCGUUGGGUCAACAAGAAGGCCGGCGCAGAAGACACACAAGCUAAGAGUGCUACACCACCUCCUCCAAGAGCUGCUGGUCCACCUCGAACAGCCAGCGCACCUGUCAAUAUGGGUCCGCCAACAGGUAACGGUGCAGCUGGCGGUCCACCAGCAAGUGUACCCCGCCCAAUCCCUACACCUGGCAACAUGGGUCCCGGCAUGGGGCCACAAAUGGUGGCCCAGCGUGCUGUAAGCGAUAAUACCCAUUCACCACACCAUCUCGUUUCCUCCUCACCACAGAGUGACGACGGGAGCGUGAAUCUCAAUGCGCCGCCGCUCAUAAACAGGAGUCAGUCGAAUGGUAGUCUGAGGAGUAGUGGGCCGCCGAGUCGCCCUGGCACGGGUAUGAGUAAUGCGAGCAGUAUUGAUGAUUUGCUGGGACCGCCGGUGCCGAGGAGUCGGAAGGAUGGAGCCGGUGGUGCGGCGAAGAAGGGUGCGAAGAAGAAGGGGCGCGGGUAUGUUGAUGUUAUGGGGGAUAAGGGCGCGUGAGGUGCCUGUGCUGGAGAGUAAUGAGGUUUUUGGGUGCUUUGAAUGUGGGAGGGUGAGGAGAAUGAGUGUAAUAUAGAUUCCCAUGUGGUCUGUUUUGGUCUGGCUGUUCGUUAUACCACAGGCUGGAUUCCAUCUAGAUGAUCGUCGCGUGCAUGGACUGCUGGUUGAGCCGGUUCCUUGGUUGGCUGGAGGGUAGUACAUCGUUGUAAUUUGUGUAUCAUAUGAUAAUCUUUUCUACCUCUAAGGUACCUUCUACUGUGCCAUUACUUCUAUGUCUCUUCUUCCUGUAUUGUUUAUCUGCUGAGUGUAGUAUCGGACCACAG